AUGCCACCAAAUGCCACAGCAAAUACACAAUCGAUAACCAACUCUUUGGUUAACGGAGAUGGUGAUGAUGCGAAAUCACUGACUGAUAACUCCACAGGUGUACUCUUCGAACAGGAUGCAGAAACCUACGAUGGUGGCCUUGUGAAGGACAUUGAAAAAUUUAAAAAAGCCGAAAAACGAAGACUCAAGCUUGUUUGGAGAAAUAUAAUCGUAUUCGCCUACGUACAUCUAGCUGCUGUAUAUGGUCUAUGGCUAAUGAUGACAUCGGCCAAAUGGCAAACUAUUACUUGCGCCAUCUUGUUAUAUGUUAUCUCCGGGCUGGGUAUUACCGCGGGUGCACAUCGCCUUUGGGCUCAUCGCUCCUACAAAGCCAAAUGGCCACUGCGCGUUAUUCUAAUGAUCUUCAACACAAUCGCUUUCCAGGAUGCUGCCUACCAUUGGGCACGUGACCAUCGUGUGCAUCACAAAUAUUCGGAAACGGAUGCUGACCCACAUAAUGCCACUCGUGGUUUCUUUUUCUCACACAUCGGCUGGCUAUUGUGCAAGAAACACCCUCAAGUCAAAGCCAAAGGUAAAGGAAUGGACUUGUCCGAUCUACGCGCUGAUUCGGUUUUGAUGUUCCAAAAAAAAUAUUACAUGAUUUUGAUGCCAGUUCUAUGUUUUUUGAUACCAACACUGAUUCCGAUGUAUGCUUGGAAUGAAAAAUUCGUAAAUUCCUGGUUUGUUGUUGCUAUGUUCCGUUGGUGUUUCACCUUAAACGUAACUUGGUUGGUUAAUAGCGCAGCCCACAAAUUUGGUGGUAAACCCUAUGACAGAUUUAUCAAUCCAUCCGAAAAUAAAUCAGUAGCUCUUUUCGCAUUCGGUGAAGGCUGGCACAACUAUCAUCAUGUAUUCCCAUGGGAUUACAAGACCGCUGAACUUGGUGAUUAUUCGCUGAAUUUAACCACGGCUUUCAUUGACUUCUUCGCCAAAAUCGGUUGGGCAUACGAUCUAAAGCAGGUGUCUCAUGACAUUAUCGAAAAGCGUGUUAAACGUACGGGCGAUGGUACACAUGCCACUUGGGGUUGGGGCGAUAAGGAUCAAUCCAAAGAAGAAAUGGCGGAUGCGUUAAUUACACACAAAAAAGCUGAAUAAAAUAUAUACGGUACGUCCAGCAACGAGCGGCAGAUCAAAGUGAGCGUGUGUGUAUGUGAGAAGAUAUUGAUAAAUCUGUUGGAAAAUUUUGUGUGGGUGAAAUAUCAGCGAAACUAAUAUAGAGUGGCUGGUGGAGUAGUCAUCUCUUAGGUAAUAUUAAUACAAAACCUGUAUAUGAAUAAUGUAGUGUUGUGUGUGGAGUUUUCAAACAAUAUCGUACAAACAAUAUGGCAUGGCGUCAAAGAGCUUAACAAGAUACGUUUUGGUUUUUGCAAUCUAAACUAAAAAAAUAUUACACUCAAGUAAACUAACAGAUCAAUUUCUUUUAUACAUACAAAGAUAUGUAUGAGCACUUGAAAAUUGUAUUAAUUAAUUUUUUUCCAUAACGUGUCUUGAAAUUUAAUAAUUAUACCGAGGGUCUCAUGUUCCCAGAAUUGUAUGCUAGCACAUAAGUAUGUAAAAUAAGUAGGCAAUUGCCUCCAGAAAUAGCGUACCUAUAUGCUUAACGAAUAUCUGAUGCAGUCAUACCCACUAGUGAUACCAUAUAAUUAGAAAAUAGAAGCGAAUUAAUUUAGAAAUAAAAUAAAAAUCGCCAGUUUAUUACUAAGUUCAAAUUCUGUAUUGCAUAAAUGAAUAUGAAAUGUUUAUAAAACUUUUAAAUGCAACAGGUGAAUUAAUGAUAUUUAAAGCGCUAAACACCACACAGCACACGCUAUUUAAAAACUACCAAAAAUGGGGUUAUUAGUAUUUAUAAAUAAAAACAGAAAAUAUUAUAUAAAAUAUGUUAUUUCUAAAAAAUAUAAAUAUAAACUAUUACAUAUAAAUUGUUGAGUAAUACUAAAAAAAAUACAAACGACUAUUUUUUAGCAUUCUUAAAGUGA